CACUCUUGCUCUCGGCGCGUGCGUUGAGUUGCUAGGUAGUUUCUGAAGACAGUAAACACGAGGAUACGAAGACGUCAACCGCUUACUUUUAAAAAUAAAAGAACAAGAUUCUGCUGGUGUAAAUGUUCACUGGUAUGCAGAGACGCUUUGUUCUUCUGCUCUUCUUUGCAUGUUGAGUCUGUACAGUCCACACAUGGCCUCGGUGGAGCGUAAGCAGGAAAAGCAAGAACCCUUCUACCAUGGCUUAGGCAGCAGGAGACAGACGAGUGCAGAGAUAGUGAACGAAGCCCGGCAUUCUCUCAGGACGCUUCAGACACAGCGGCCCUUCACGCCGCGAGAUGAGCACCGGCAGCUUUUUGGAGGAUCAGCCCGCACACGUGAUGGAAGACCGCCAUCUUCAUUCAGCCUCCAUGCUCGGAAUUUCGAUGUGCCUGAUUCCAGGCCGAGUUCAGGGAAGCGACUUUCGCCUCUGGAACAUAAACCCAGGUUGGCACUUCCACCGGAUGAAGAUAGCAACAGAGUUGAAAAAAUUGUGCCCAAACCUCCACCUGAGAGUAUGGAAAGAAGCGGUUCGAGAGGAGGAGCUCGGACAAGACUCGUCAGAGCAAGAUCGCUUACGAUCAUACCCUCUUUGAUGCGACACACAAAUGCUCCUCAAACCGAGGGUGUUGAUAAGCCAACCUCGGGUCCGAAUCCACCCCAGCAAGUGAACACAGAGCCUUUUCACCUACAUUCCAGUUACAAACAAGAAAGCAUGGAGAAAUCCUCCGAACAGCUCACACACGUACCAAACAAACACAGCAGAACUCCACGGCCCAGCAGUGCCGACUUAUCUCCAGCAAAAGGAACAAAAACAGAUGUCGAGCCAGGAAGUGACGAGUCCGUCUUCUGGACCUCAGAGGUGCUUCCUGUUCUGGAGAUGUUUGAGUCAGUUGGUCCAGGAGGAACCGCGUCGAAGGAGACUAUCGAGCGUCUGUGCGACGCCUGUACUGCUCUCCAUAACGUCCUGUCAGAGAAAGGCAUGCUGGGAAAGCGGUUGAAGAAAAGGUCCUCCGUUCUCCGGGUGCUGUUUCGACUGAUCGAUUUGGGAUCCGAUCGUCUGAACCUGACUCUUGCCAAACUCAUACUAGGACUUAACGUCAGCGGAAACAACUUGCUUAACAUUUGCAAGCUUGUCUUUAAAGUAAGCCGGAGUUCCAGAAACGACUACUUGUUCGAGGACAACAGCGUUAUAGAUUCCCUCUUCUCACUGAUCCAGCAUGAGGAUCUUAGCAGCAGCGGAGAGGCCGUUUUGUACUGCACAGGCUCCCUAAAGCUCCUCUCAGGAAACAGCUCCCUCGCCAGGUUGCUUCUAGCUAAAGACUUCAUCUCAGUCUCGCUCCAGCUCUCUCAGCGUCUGAUCCUAACAACAGACCCUAACGCUUCCCCUAAUGAUCAUCACUCUAUCUCAGGACACAUACUGGUACAGGUGACGGCGACGCUAAGGAACGUGGCUGACUUGUCCGAGUCCCGCGCUUCAUUUUUGUCCAGCGACAUCUUCUCAACGUUGUGCGCGGUCAUGGAUCGUCACCAGGAAGACCAAGACGUGUGCCUUAAUGUAGCAAGGUUAUUCAGUAAACUGUCCUCUUACGCUGAGUGCUGCUGUGCACUAGCCGAAACCUCGAGCUGCUAUGGGCUAUUUUUAGCUCUGUUGUGCAAACACAGCAGGAAACAGGCUCUGGUGGUGCGUCUCCUUUUCACAUUGGGAAACCUGGCAGCGAGGAGCAACGACGCCAGGCAGAGAAUAUACGAGGAGAAAAGAUUCAUAGAAGUUCUCUUAGACAUUUUCCAGAGCUACCUGCGAGUCCCCAGGAAUCAUCCAGACUUGGAGAACCAUGUGGACGAGGACGAGGACGUCCUGAUAAAGCUGAUCCGAGUUCUUGCUAAUCUGUCCAUUCACCCUGUCGUAGGCUCAGCACUGGCAGCUAAUACACUGUGUGUGCAGCUCCUACUGAAAGUGCUGGAGAUCAGAUCCGUCGAGGAGAGCGCCGAGUUAAUCGUAAACGCUUCCACUACCAUCAACAACCUGUCCUAUUACCGAGAAGAGAGCUCCGUCCUCCGAGUCCAGCACAAACACAUCUCCGAGCUGGUGCUCAGGCUGUUAUUAAGCUCAAACCUGGAUGCUGUGUUAGAGGCUACACGUGUGUUUGGGAACCUCUCUCAGAUUGAAGAAGUGCAGAACUUUAUCAUCAAAAACAAAGUGCACCGGUUUGUUGUGGCUCUGCUCGACUCCAAGAAUCCUGACAUGUGUUUCUCAGCAUGUGGAGUUCUCAUGAACCUCUCCGUCGAUCCCAACCACAGGAGCGUAAUAAACCAUGAAGGAGCCGUACACAAGUUGAUUGACUGCUUACGUGACUUCGGGCCUCGGGACUGGCUUCUGGCUACACAGGUGUGUCAGACGCUGUGGAACUGCACCGAUGGAGCUGAAGACAGACAACAGGAGUUUGUACAAGAGCUGCUGGAGAUACUUUGUCUUUAUUCAGACCAGAAGGCUUUGCAGUGGCCCGCUAGCAACGAGGUCAAGGCUUACCAAGAGGCAUGCUGGGAGCUGGAGUUCUUACCAGUCGCUGAGAGGCUGAAGAAACGCAUAAAGAGAUGCGCAAACCUACCGGAAGCUGUGAGCGACACUUCCUGAAGAAAUAAUCCAGGGUAUAUUUAUUUUGCACUGAUUUCACUUUAACUUCUAGAACCUACUGAUGAUCCAGUGUAAAAAUACAGGAUCAUAAGGCAGGAAAUGUUUAAUAAUAAAGAUCCAGGACUAGGGGAAUGAUCUCAAACUCUUUAUUCAAGAGACCAGAAGGGACACAGGACAGAAUUAGAAUUUCUUUUUUCUUUUUUUUUUUUUUAGCAUGUUAAACAUCUUACAACAAUGAUACACCAUGGCACCGGUUCUCCGGUUCUCCACUUUACUCAACGUUAUUAUCAGAAUUAAAUCGUUAGUAACAUGCUACUUAAACCAAAGGUCAAAGACAGAAAAGCGGGACAUAAACAAGAUGAUUCUCUCAUCCUCUGAGGACAAGAGAAGUUCCUCUGUGUGUGUGUAUUUGUGUUACUGCAAUAACAGAAUCACAUCCUCUACUAGCCAGGUUGUGCUUCAUGUGUGUUCACGUCUUCAUGUCUUAAUCUCAUGAUAAUAACGAACGAUAAUAUGCAGCGCAUCAGCGUAAAAAGCUUAAACGUACAUUCUAUAUCUUUUUUUUUUUUUUUAACAAUACGAAUAGUGAACAGUUGUCACAGCUGGAGGUAUUUCUCUUCUUUAUCAGAGAAAGAACAGGAAUAUUUAGGAAAUAUUCAGAGAAAUCCAGGUAAUACAAAGAGAUUAAAAUGUUUUAUUUUCUUUAUUAACAUUUUAUUUCUUAGAAAAAAUGUCACUCACUGACAUCAGGCUCUGAAGAUUGAUUAAAAAAAAAAAAAAAAAAGAAAACUCAUUGCUUAGCAUAUUUCUCAAAAAAAGUACCAUCCCUCUGUCUGUCUCUCAACACUCUUCUACAACCAGCUGAUCCAGCCAUCAUCAGAAUGCAGUACUUUUUUUUUUUUUUUUUUUUUUUUUAUUAAACACGAUUAAAUCCUUAAAAACACACACACUCAACAAUUUUAAAAGCUGCUUAGUUAUACUCCUUGAAGUUCUCGAAAAAAUAUAUUAAAAAAAAAAAAAAAAAGCAGUGUCUA